GAGUCCGUGCUGAAGGCUGGCCCCAAAUCUACCGCCCGCCCUCGGUACAUAGCGACGUAGCAAUGUGUGUUACACCUGUUUAAUUUCAACAACUCGUUUAGACUUCAAGUGUUGUGACUGUUAUAUGAUGAUGAUGACUUUACGUGACAAUGACUAGUUUGUGCCGUGAUUGUGUCCAGUGCCGAAUUUGAAAGGUACCAUGUGGCGAGUAAGGCCACUGGUGAUGCGGCUCGCGGCCGUAUCACUGGUGGCACUCGUGCUCGCCGACUCCGGCACUGGCAGCGACACGUCCGUGGUGGCGCAACUGCCAGCGCGCAGCACCACGGUUCGGACCACGCCGAUGCCGCGACGGCCGGAGCGCCGCCAGCGGAACCGGCGCCGCACCACCACAACCACCACCACCAUAGACCCGGAAGAAGAAGACGACCUCGACUUGACCACACCGAUGACAACCACUACAAUCGAUCCCCGCUCGUUUGAUCACACUGACGUGGGUACCUGCGAAGUGCCUUUAGGCAUGGAAAGCGGCAUGAUAUCGAACGAGUCCCUGUCGUCAAGUUCCAGUUACGACCAAAGCGUCUCCCCACUUAGCUCCAGAAUCCGAACCGAAAUACGAGGAGGAGCAUGGUGUCCCAAUGGUCUUAUAUCACCACGAAGCCGGCAGUAUUUGGAGAUUGAUCUUCACGAUGAAUAUUUGAUCACCGCCACAGAGUCCCAGGGAAGGUUCGCCAAUUCAGUAGGUGUUGAGUUUGUGGAAAGCUACUCAGUCGAAUAUUGGCGGGCCUCGCUCAGUCGCUGGGUUAAAUAUAAGGACUAUAAUGGAAGCAGGCUGAUACCUGGAAAUGUAAACACUUAUACAGCGAGAAAAACAACAUUGGAAGCACCAUUUAUAGCGUCAAAAGUUCGCUUCUUUCCAUACGCAGCCCAUCCCAGAACAGCAUGCAUGAGGGUCGAGCUCUAUGGAUGCCGUUGGAAACAGGGACUCGCGGCAUAUGCGGCACCAAAGGGAGGAGACAUGCAAGCUAUGACCGGUGGCGCUAAGUUCGAGGAUCUCUCGUACGACGGAGUGUUGCGCGAUGCCAAGCUUUCUGAUGGUCUAGGUCAGAUGUCAGAUUCAUUAACUGGACCCAACGAUUUUGAGUUACCUGAUCCUUCAGACACAAGAGGCACACGCUGGGUCGGCUGGAAUAAAUCAAUGGUGAUUGAUGACGAAGUAGAACUCACAUUUAACUUCACCGGCACUAGACUAUUCCAUUAUGUUGACAUACAUACAAACAACAUGUUUACUAAAGACGUGCAGCUGUUCAAAGAAGCAGAGGUGUAUUUUUCAUUGGAAGGGGAACGUUGGCAAGAAGAUUAUAUUUCACAUGAGCCAAAACAAGACAGAGUAUCAGAACACGCACGGACUAUUCGCAUAGAUCUACAGAACAGAACUGCAAAACAUAUCAUGUUGAAACUGAAAUUCCAACACGAGUGGAUAUUAAUCAGCGAGGUCACCUUCAAAUCCGUUCCAACAACAAUCAACGCAUCAUCAGAGUUUCUUGAAGAGUACUACAGAACUGAUACACCACCGUCUUCUAGAAAAAAACGAAACUCUUCGCUUAGAGUCUCCGUAGGACUGGCCUGUGGAGCUUUAGUGGGUGGAGGGGCGUUCAUAGCAGCAACGGCAGUCCUUCUAGCAAAACGGACCCGAAGACGAAUUCCAAACAUGCUUAAGAAACCAUUCUGCCCUUCAUUACGUCAUGGAAACUCUAAUUCAAGGAAUAACCGCCGAGCUCCUAGAUUGGCACUAGCUCUUGCCAACUGCCCACCAAUUCAUAUGCUCAGGCCGGCGGUUGUUGACGAGGAUUACAGGGAGCCGUACAAUAUUUGGAGGGAAACUCUGGGGCGACGUGAUAAACGGGAUACACACGAUCAGAACGAAUAUAAUGAGAUCUGUGAAGACCCAGAAUUUCCGCGGCCGUACAUGAUGAAACGGCCUGACCCGCACGAGAGUUUUUACGCUGCCACCGACAUUAUACAUCACACGUACCCGGAUGAGCGAGCAUGUCGACGUGAACGGCCAUCUCCUGGACUGUUCACCUCAAUAAAACUCCCAGAAGCCGAGCCCCCAAACGGAGUGGCGCCCCUGCUGGACUUCCCGCGGGGGCGCAUGCGACCAGUCACUUUCCUAGGAGAAGGCCCUCAUGGGACUCUCCAGAUCUGCGAGACGGACGGUAUAGAAGAGCUGAGCGACGAAGAGUCGCCGAGUGGGGAACAACGCCGCCUUGUUGUUGUGAAGACCCUGUGGCGUGGCUGCCAUAGCGAAGUCAAGGCGGCGUUCGCCCGCGAGGCUACGUGGGGCGCUGGUCUGAAACACCCCCAACUCGCCAGAGUAUUAGGUUUGAGCCUUCUGGAGCCCCCUUGCGCUGCACUAGACCGCGGAGAUGCCGUUCCCCUGCCAUCGAUAUUGAAACUGGACAGGAAAUUGAAUUAUUCGAGUUUGAUUCACAUAUGCUGCCAGAUAGCAGCCGGCAUGAAGUAUCUGGAAUCGUUCGAGUUAGUACACAGAGAUCUCGCAGCUCGAAACGUAACAGUGAGCGAGGAUCUAAACGUUAAAGUGUCUGAUUAUGCGAUGUUCUGUGAAGAAUUUGUCGGUGACUAUCACGUGAUGGCCGACGGGUCACGCUUGCCGCUCCGCUGGAUGGCAUGGGAGAGCUUGCUAUUGGGAAUGUAUUCACCAGCUAGUGACGUGUGGUCUUUCGGUGUCACCGUGUGGGAGGUACUCACUUACUGUAUGUCCAAACCAUUUGAGGAAAUGAAUGACGAUCAAGUUGUUGCAAAUGCAAGUGAAUGGCGCUGUGGCGGGCGUAGUGCACGAGUUCCAGCCGCGCCCCCACCACGCUGCCGUCGGGAGCUGUACGAUUUGAUGCACGAGUGCUGGAGGAGGGAACCCAUGCAGCGACCCCGGUUCCACGAUUUACAUCGAUUCUUAGAACGUAUGACCCAUGGUUAUAAGCCACCGAAACGCUAAAUAGGACUCGUAUCCACUAUUUCCGAGUAAAUGAUGCUCCCAGCAUGCAACGGACAGCGAAAUGCGGGACUAGAAGAAACUGUAUCUUCGCCCGUGCAUAAGCCUUUAUCUCCUGUUUUCGUAGGAGUUUUAAAUCUUUUUUUAGUGGAUGCCUACGUAAUGUAUGAAUCCUUUUGUAAAACUUCAAGUUUCUAAGUAGAUGCAUCGAUUUGAACUGUGCACUGAUAUAUCCAUCAGUCAGUCAAAUCACGCCUAACUAGCUCAUGAUACUUAUAUGAAUGACCAAAGCCAUAUCUUAUAAUUUCUAACCUCAUCAAAUAAUAAUGGGUUCAAAACUUUAUUAUAAAUCGAUUUUAAUAGCAUGUAGAGAUAUAUUAGGUAAUUUAACUUUUUAAAUAAGUAGACGGGCAAUGGUUUUCCACGUUUGUUUUAUGCUCAAAUACUUAUUUUUAUCAGAUUCUAUAGAAAGCAAAAUUUUAAUAAUAGAGCCUCUCCUAUUAUAGUCCAUUAGAUACUUUAAUAUUUUAAUACAAUUCUUCCUAACGAUCGUCUAAGGAAAUGGCGUGAAUAUCAUUCUAUAAAUGCAGAGUUAUCUAGAAUUACAACCUCUUUUCACCAGGACUGUGAUAAAAAUCUAUAAGACGUAAUGAAAAUAGUUUUAACAUCCAUAUUAUGGAUAUAGUGUUAUUGCUAUUCAAUUUUGAUUUUUCUACGAAGUUGCUUAACUACCGCUCAGGAGCCACAUGAGGAGUAAUGGGAUGACUCGUUGCCUGCUGGUUCGCUUUGAAAAUAGUGGCUGAUCAUCAUACCGUAGAAAUUUCGGUUACGGACCUAAUAUAGCUACAAUACCAACGACCCAACGACAAUAUCGUCGUUACAUUACGAAGCUUCACUCAUUUCAUUAGCUAUACAUAAUAGUUUAAGUUGGUACUUAUAAGUGCAUAUCGACAGCUUGUCAUCUUGCCCGAGUUCACCCCAACAUGAUAUCUCGGGCAAUUCGUACAGACUGCGUAGGUUAAAUAGGAAAUCGGGCAGUAUUAUAUCAGUAUAAAUUAAUAGUAAGACAUUUUUAACUAGAUAUUAGGACAUUGUGCGUUCUAGAAUACGCGCUGCUUUGCCGUAUUUCGUAUGCUGUGUACUCGUUAAUACAUUCCAUUUUCUAGUCGCGUAUAUUCGGAAUUUAGGUUACCAAGUGCACAGAUAUACAUUGUACUUUAUUAUUAUCCAUUAAGAGUGACAACAAUAAUUUAAUGAUCUCAAAAAUAUCAAUAAUACCGAUGUUUUAAAUUGGUUGUUGAUGUUUUAAGUGAAGUAGUAGAUUUCUGAAUAGUGACAAUAUGUAUUAUGCUAUUAGUUAAGAGCGCGGAUGUAUAUACGACAGGUUUAGAUAGACAUGUUUCGAAUUUAUGGUUUGCGGUUACCGUUCAGAGAUCUACUCCCAUAAAUUGCUGCUACUAUUGACAUUAAUUAUUAUAGCUAAUCUUCGUUUCAAUGAGUACAUAUUUCGAAGCUUAAUAAUUGAUGUACGUAGAAGCAUAAUCAUCGCGUAAUGUUUCACGCCUAUCCCCAGCGCCCUUCGCCUUGCGCUCCCACGAUCUUCCACUAUCACUGCCUUUACAGGCAAACCCCUACAUAGGGUCACUACUUGAAUACACGACAGAAUCUCUCCAUGUAAUCGGCCAUUUUGUGUUCAGCAUCAAUUCAAAAUGGCGGCAUUUAGUUAUUUAAGAUAUGUGUUCUACGUAUAUUUAAGUAGUGGCCUUUUAGACCGAGGGCAGGCCGUCCAUAGAAUUUGAGUUAGUGACAUGCUGAUUAAAUAUUAGCAAUUAUUGUCAACGAUUACCCGAUCUUGUUAUUUUUAUGUCGUAAAAUCUAUAUAUUGAGGUCGGGUAGAACGUACGCAAAAUAAACUGGAUUUAUAGUAGGUAUUCACAAUUGUUCUAAAGUGAAUGAAUGAAAAGGAGAAAUGUAUAGGUAUAAUUAUAGCUAAUUUGUCCAGCGCGUGAAUAACUUUGCUACUGUGCAUGACCGGCCCUCGACCUAUAGUAUAUCCAAAGUCUAUUCCUAUUUUUUUAACCUGUUUUAAAUGUUAAGGUUGUAUACUUCGUGAGGUAAAAGAGCCUCCAGGGCAACAUAAGCCCCCUGUGCUUCUUGUUUUCUUCAAUCAGGCACUAAGGAUACAAUCGCACUGCCUCCGCAAAUAUAGAUGUAACUAAGCGAAUUUUAUGAGAGAGAAUAUUUUAGUAACGUGAUUACGGUCUAUAUGCGACCAUAGUGAAAGGGCCAAUUUUAUCAAGAGGUGAUUUUUGUUUGCUAGAACUCAAUAUUUCCGGACGCGGCGUGUUAUCUCGUAAUGUCACAAGGCUGACUGAUGCCGAAUUACUCGAGUAACUCUAGUCUCUCAUCUUAAGCCUUGUGGCCACCUAACGUAAUAAUUAUUAAGCAUACAUUAUUCAGUAUACAUGAAUGUUUCAAUGUCACAAUGUAAUUGUUGUCGCAAUAACAUAAGACCCACUAACUCCCUCGACACUUAACCCCGUAAUCGUCGACAAACAGCACACACCUUCGUCGUCACAAAUUACAAACGUAACCUAUAUAAUAAAUCCAUUAAUUGCACCUUACACUGAAAAAUAGCCGAUCCACUGCAUUAGGCUUCAUUUAAUGACGUCACAGUAAUACUUAAAACUAAUAAGAUUAUAAAUUGCGUUCGAUGAAACGGGGUGCUUGCUGUUCCUUCAAUUAACAGUUUAAGAGUAACGUAAUUAAUGUGUCCCCUUGAUGUUACCUUGAGCUAGUGGCAAGACUGAGGAGGUGUAUAGAUGCAUAUCUUCAGUAAGGAUCGGUCUAUCGUAAUCUAUCGGAGAACACGAAUUAAAACAUCGACCUACUACAUACAAUUUUAGGCACUGGUUCUCGUGGUAUAAUAUUCCCAAUGCAAACCACUUAUUAUAAUAAACAAUGCUUUAAAUGUGUUUAUGUGUUAUAAUUAAUUGUUUACUAUUAUUAGUUUAUAGUUUUACGGACGAUACGUGUUAUUCUCGUAGAAAGCAAUACAGACAAUUAGUUGUGAAUAUGUAGAAUUUAUAUGUUUUAAACAUAAUAAUGAAUACAGUAAUACAAACUUAAUAUGUUGCAGUCUAACUCGUGGAGUAAGUAGGUACUACUUACUCUUUAUGUUUUUCAUAUGCUAUUCGGUAUUAUUAUUGUAAACCACUUUGUAGAUAUGAUAGGAUGAUGUUUAGUUGUAUUGUACAAAAUUAUACCGUACGUAGAAUAUAAAGGCUGCAAGAUAUUCAGUGGCGCCCAAUUGGACUUUGUAGAUAAGGUUGCAGUUCAGAUAUAAUAUCCUGCAAUGUCAAAAUUAAAUAUUACUGUAUUUUUUGUUAUGUUUAUCCUGUACAAUUAGCUACAGAUGAAGAUAGUGUGGUAUCAAUUAUCAUAUUAUAGGCAAAGCACCUAUCAUUUAUAUAUAUAAUAUAUAAAUAUAUAUUUAACAUAAAUGAAACAAUGUACAUUAAAAUGAAUGUUUGGAAUUUAAGAUUAUUUAUGCCACUUGAGUGAUGUUAUAAUUAUAAUUCAUAAUAAGUAUCAGUAAUUAUAGAUACCAAUAACGUCUACAGCUUAUUAUAGGAAUACUAAAAUAUUAUUUAAUGUUGACUAUCUUUUUUGAGACCUGUAAUCGAAAAAAGCGUGGUCAUUUUUCAAAAUAUGUUCUAUGGCCAGAAAUUGAUAUACUUGCUAUGCAAAAAGUUAAACAAACGGCUAGUCCAUGUUACAGUAUAUUUGUACAUUAAAUUGUAUAUUUAAGCUGGACGUUAUAUACCUACAUAUUACCGUACUUUAAUCGUGCAUACAAAUUGAUGUUGUAAAAUUAAGGCCCGUUGACAUAUAAUUCACUGCAGCUCCACAUGCUGAUCGGACAAUAACCAUAGUUAUGCACCUCUCUGUCACCUCUAGCUCUGAACAAAUCCUCAACAUAUUAACAUUGUAAACAAUAUUAAAAAGAAAACAGGUAAGCUAAGGAAAUUUUAACGUUAAGUAAGUCCCUGCAAAAAUGUAUUUCAUUUUAUAGAGUUAAAAUGUAUUUAAAAUUAAUUAUUGUAUUUUAAACGUAUGUCGAUUGAAACACGAAAGUUUUAACUGUGGGUUGUGUACAACGAAUGUAAACAAUUUUUGUAAGCGUAUCUACGAACAUUGCAUUCGUCAAUCGAGCGUUAAAAAACUGGAUUCAAAUAACAAUGUCCACAUGCAUCCAUCCGCUCGCUAAUUAAUAAUUUUACAAUUUAUUAAGAAAACAAUUCGAAAGCAAAUAAAACAAAUACGAGUGAUCCAGUUUUUGAACGUGACGAAGAGAAUUUAAUACUUAAUGAUAUCAAAUGUUGUACUAGAUGUUCGGUGUUAUUUUUCCCAUUCAAAUUUAUUAAUCUAUAUUUUAAUAAUUAAUGGCCGUAACUCAUCGUAUAUUUCUUCGAUUCGAUGAUAAGUACGAAAUUUGAAAUAUACUUCACCGAUGUUUUCUUAUUUCUAAAUUGUGUAUCUCAUCCGUGUUAUUUAAAUAUUGUUAUAAUUAAAUAUGUAUAGUAUAAUGUUCAAUCGGUCGUACUCUCUCGGUAGGUACCUACAUCCAAUCUAUAUCAGUAGUAAAAUUUGGCAAGACCAAUAUUUAUAAGUACGUACACAAUAUUAUGAUUAAUACCGAGAUACUACACAAACUUCGCCUGUUCGCUUUUCUAGAGCUAUUAGAAACUUUACUUAGUAGUGUACUUACACCGAGAAGGGUAUCCGAUCAUUUAUCAUAACAUCAUAUCAUCAUACUAAAUAUCAUUCUUACACCUCGUGUCAAAAUUUCGUCUCAGAGUAUUUUCCUGUUAUAAAGUUAUUUAUUACAUGUAUUAUGUAAAGAUCAUUUAUACAUAUAGAUAGAGUGUAGUGACAAAAACGUCCUAGAGACAAUCAUUUAUUUGCUGACGCAAUUGUUUUAUACUUUGUAAUAUUUUGUAAGACCAUAACAUAAUAAAUAUCUAUAAAUAAAGAAAAUGACAGUUUGUAACAAAUCACCAAUGAGAAGAUUAAUUAAAUUCCUACCUUUCGAAGAUAAUGCCGUUUAAAAAGGUUUAGUUUCGUCUUUUUUUCGUCGUUCUCAGAAGACACUCUCUCUACAUGAUAAUUGAUCUAUCUGAAUUAUGGCCGUAUCCGUUUUCCAUAAUUUUACUGCUGGCACAUUAAUAAACAGAAAAAGAUCAUAAGCACUGCAAUAAGAUCAUGGUAGCCAUUUUAAUGUGAUGUUUGAAAUAAAGAAAAUGCACGUAUUAAUACUAUUUGUAUCUACUAACGAAAAGAUCUCUUUGAAAAGUGUUGGGACCAAUGUAAAAUUCAUUCAAACGUUUAACGCAGUUGGUGCUGGUUUUGAAUUGACUACUAACUUUAUGUUGUAGAUCCAACCAAACGCAGCCUAAACUAUUUAAUAAAUUAAUUCAUAAACAGUAGGUGGUCAGUGCUAGCCAGCAAUUAAGCGUUGGAGACAAUAUUCUACUAUUACCUGUACGUUAUUCGUUUAGCGUUUAACUUCUAUAUUUCCAAUCUAGAUUCGAUAUUUGCUCACAUAAAUAAAUUACGAAUAGUAUUCAAUAUUUUUAUUCUAUCUAUUAUUAAAAAAUCACUUCAGAAAGUGUAAAGCUGUGUGAUUUAUAAUUGAGUUCUUGAUGUUAGAUACUUGAUUUGUAUAUUGCAGUUAAUUUAUAAAUUAAAUGACAUUCUCACUUAACUAAAUGAAUAUUGCCUAUGCAAAACAUAUCGAUUGAGUUAUUUCUCCUAUAACAUGAAGUUUUAAUAUGCUAUCUAUUUAUACACUAUUCGUCAUUAUAUUUGUUCAAAAUGAAACCUAAGAUUACUACAGAUUAUUUCUUCAUAUUUUAGAUGAAAUGUAACUCUAAUAACUAAAUAAUAUUGUCUCUAUCAUACAUUUCUAUGGGGUCCCACAAAAUUUAGUUGAUGUAUUGAUUGGAUGAUAGCAUGUUCACACUUGAUGCACGUUUCUAUUAAGUCACUAAUCACUCUAUAAAUGAAAUCAAUUCUGUAGGUACAUAAUUAAUAAAUAAUCAAAGACUUUUAAGGCAGAAUGCCUUCUUUUUAUGUAAUUUUAAAUGUUAAAAUAAAUGUUGAUUAAC